UUGUAACAUAAUCUCUCAAGUUGUCUUUCAGUAUAAAAACAGAAGCGAUGCGUAGCGUCUAUCUCCAUCUCCAACACUAACACGGUUACUUUUUCUCUUCUUCUUCCUCUGUUUCCUCAAGUGGAAUCCAUGGCAGCAAUGGAGAUCAAUGGCGGAGUUGCGAGAAGAAAGAUCACCAGAGAAACAAGCCCGGACCGAGCCCGAACCAGCAACUUUGCGCAGCAGAAAGAGAAAGGAAGAAGCUCCUGCGCAGCUACAAGAAAGGUUCAAGUCGUUUACUAUCUCAGCCGGAACGGCCAACUCGAACACCCCCACUUCAUGGAAAUAUCUCAUCUCCCACAUCAGCUUCUUCGUCUCAAAGAUGUGAUUGAUCGGCUCACGGUUCUCAGAGGAAAGGGAAUGCCUUCUCUGUUCUCGUGGUCCUGCAAGAGGAGUUAUAAGAAUGGCUAUGUGUGGAAUGAUCUCUCGGAGAACGAUUUGAUUUACCCUGUGGAUGGUGCCGAGUACGUUCUCAAAGGCUCUGAGAUCAUUCAUGGCGGCAUCCAUCCAAAUCUAGAUCGAUUUCAGCAUUUGCAGCUGGGCAGCGAGCACGCCAGACCAACAAGACAGCUUCCGGAAGCAGACGAGGAAGACGAAGCAGCCGGUAAACAUACCGGAGGUGACCCGGCGGCGGCAGCUGCUGAGGAGGCGGCGGAGCUGCAUUUUAUGUCGGAGAAGGAGUACUUUAGCGGGAGCAUAGUAGAGGGAAUAGGGAUGAGGAGUAGGGGGGCGGCGGCGGAGGAGCCGGCGUUGAAGAAAUCGAGCUCUUAUAACGAGGAAAGGGGAGCGAAGCUUGGGAUUGGGGCAGAGGAAGGGGAGGAGAAUGGCGAAGGAUUGAAGGUAAAGUGUAUUCCUGGAAGGAAGCGAAGCUUAGCCAAACAGCAAUGAGAGGAAAAGGCAUUACUAUUAAUUUAA